UGUUACUCCUAGAUUUGUGUGGUGAUUGAAGACAAUCAAGACAUGAUCCUAGUACAACACAACACAACGCGGUUUUGAAAUCUUUUCAAAUCACCUUGUUGAAAAUCACUAUAACACAGUACAAUAUUUAUUUGAGUGUCUUUGUUAGAAAGAACAGAGAAACAGGGUAGAAAUGGAGAGGGUGUUUUCAGUGGAGGAGAUAACGGAGGAGUAUUGGUCGUCGGUGGGGAAGGAUGAACCGGGGAAGAUGAACCGGAGUACUUCAGAGUGGGCUUUUCAGCAGUUUCUGAAGGAGGCUUCUUCUUCUGUGGCGGCUGAACAACCUUGUUCUUCUACUUCUCCUUCUUCCUCUUCCUCUUCUUCUAUGGUUGACGUCAAACUCAAAAAUGAUCCUAGUGUUGUUGUUCCUGUUCCUAUUGAUUCUGAGGAUUAUCAUGCUAUUCUCAAGACCAAGCUCAAUCUUGCUUGCGCCGCCGUUGCUAUGACUCGGGGAUCUUUGGUCAAAUCUCAGGAUCUUGCCACUCUUCCUGAAAAUGGAUCACGGGCAUCUAAUCCUUCUGAAAUUGUUGCUGGGGCUACUCUAAAAGAAUCUGGCCCUUCUGGAAAUGAUGCAUCUAAAUUACAAAAUAAAGAUGUGAAUGUACCAAUUGGGGUUCCUACCAUGCAAAUCAAACCUGCUGUUGCAAUCAGGUCAACAACAAGUGGAUCAUCAAAAGAACUGUCAGAUGAUGAUGAUGCUGAGGGAGAGAUUAACAUGACCGGAAACAUGAACCCUGCUGAUGCAAAAAGAGUAAGGAGUACUUUAUCUUUCAGGAUGCUUUCUAAUAGAGAGUCUGCCAGACGCUCAAGAAGAAGAAAACAGGCUCAUUUAACUGAGCUUGAGACACAGGUCUCUGAGUUAAGAGGUGAGAAUUCUUCAUUGUUGAAGCGCUUAACUGACGUAAGUCAGAAAUUCAGUAAUGCUGCUGUUGACAACAGAGUACUAAAAGCUGAUGUUGAAACAUUAAGAGCAAAGGUGAAGAUGGCUGAAGAGACUGUCAAAAGAGUUACAGGCUUGAAUCCAAUAUUCAAUGGCAUGGCUGAGAUAUCAUCAAUGGGAAUGUCAUUGUUUGAUGAAAACCCUUCUGAGGCAUCAGCUGAUGCGUCUGUUCCUGUGCAAGAAGACCCAAAUCAUCAUCUAUGUCGACCCACUUCUAGUCAUAUUGCAUCCAGUCAUCUGAGAGUCAACAAUAAUGGAUUAGGAGGCAUUUCUUCUGUUGAAAGUGUGCAACAGAACAGUGCAGCAACAGUGGUAAGUGGGAACAAAAUGGGGAGAACAAGUUCCCUACCAAGGGUGGCUAGCUUGGAACAUCUUCAGAAGCGGAUUCGCAGUGGUACGGAUUCACGUGGACCUCUAAAUAAUGGAGAACAGUAAUAGAAUAGAAUAGCUGAAUCGAAUUAUGCCUUCACAUGUCCGAAACCAGAACCAAUUGUGAAAAGAAGUUUCUGUUAGUAGUAUCUGGGUGUCAGAAUUGAUUCUAAGCAAAAUACAAGCUGAUUCAAACAUGCUAUAAAUUAUUUUACUACUUGCAACUGAAGGUUUAUUCUUGUUGACUAUAUUGUUAAUCAAUCUCAUGUACAUAAUCUUGAGCAAGUUGACUGUUGUUGGUACUUGGUAGAGUUUGCUUUAUCCAAAUUGGAUAUUGUGUGCUUCA